UAUUAGGAGGCGCGUGGUAGUGAUGGCGGCGCUCAGUGAGACUUUCCUGUCACUGGAUACUACUACUCCCAGCCCUUCUCAAAGCCGCCGGAGCAACCUUCAGGUCUUUAGUUUACUAGUGGCAAUUUGACUUGCUCCGCUGCAUGUCUGGAGGGACUGAGGAAAGUGUGGAGACGCCCCGGGGAUUGCGCAAUCGCAAUUUGAAAAGAAAAAAAGCCAAACAAAUAAACAAAACCCACCCACCCUAACAAACAUGAGGCUGCUGGAGAGAAUGAGGAAAGAAUGGUUCAUGGUCGGAAUAGUCCUGGCGAUCGCCGGAGCUAAGCUGGAGCCGUCCAUAGGGGUGAACGGGGGACCACUGAAGCCAGAAAUAACUGUAUCCUACAUUGCUGUUGCAACAAUAUUCUUUAACAGUGGACUGUCAUUAAAAACGGAGGAGCUGACCAGUGCUUUGGUGCAUAUAAAACUGCAUCUGUUUAUUCAGAUCUUUACACUUGCAUUCUUCCCGACAGCAAUAUGGCUUUUUCUUCAGCUUUUAUCAAUCACACCCAUCAAUGAAUGGCUUUUAAAAGGUUUACAGACAGUAGGUUGCAUGCCUCCUCCUGUGUCUUCUGCAGUCAUUUUAACCAAGGCAGUUGGUGGAAAUGAGGCAGCUGCAAUAUUUAAUUCAGCCUUUGGAAGUUUUUUGGGCAUCGUUAUAACACCCCUGCUACUGCUGCUUUUUCUUGGCUCAUCCUCUUCUGUGCCUUUUACAUCUAUUUUUUCUCAGCUUUUUAUGACUGUUGUGGUUCCUCUCAUUAUUGGACAGAUUGUCCGGAGAUACAUCAAGGAUUGGCUUGAAAGAAAGAAGCCUCCUUUCGGUGCCGUCAGCAGCAGUGUGCUCCUCAUGAUCAUCUACACAACGUUCUGUGACACCUUCUCUAACCCAAACAUUGACCUGGACAAGUUCAGCCUUGUUCUCAUACUGUUCAUAAUAGUUUCUAUUCAGCUGAGUUUCAUGCUUUUAACCUUCAUCUUUUCAACAAGGAAUAAUUCGGGUUUCACACCAGCAGACACAGUGGCUAUCAUUUUCUGUUCUACACACAAAUCCCUCACAUUGGGAAUUCCGAUGCUGAAGAUAGUGUUCACAGGCCAUGAUCAUCUCUCUUUGAUAUCCGUACCCUUGCUCAUCUACCACCCAGCUCAGAUCCUUCUGGGAAGUGUGUUGGUGCCAACAAUUAAGUCUUGGAUGGUGUCAAGGCAGAAGGGAGUGAAGUUGACGAGGCCAACAGUAUAACAGGAGACGCACUUUCUGUAGUGGUGUAUAUAUGUACAGGAUUGUACAGGCAAACAAUUCUGAAGACUUGUACUUGUGAAUGUUGCUUCAAUGAAUAUUUUAUUUUUGUACACAAAAAUACGAUAUACCUGCUUAAGUGCCUUAAAAUAUAUUUGACAAGAGCGUUAUUUCCAAAACAUACUUUGUUGUAUGCUGCCAGGGGUGGUAUAAUAUUUUGGAGUUAAUUUUUUUUUUCCUAAUGCAGGAAACAGUCAUAGUAAGUGACAAAAAGCAAACGUGCUUUCUCUGCGCCACCUUUUGUGCAAUACUAUAAUAGUUACUGUAACGUUUGAAAUGAGGUCACACCAUCAGGGAAAUGCCCUUCUGAUGACAGUGAGCAUUUCCAAAGUCUUAUCCAUGCACACUUUGAUUUACUGUGUGAUUCUUUUUUUUCUACAAAUGUGACAUGCCUCUUUCUUAUCAACUCAGCAGGGGUCAUAGAGCAAAUAGAUGCUGAAAAGAGUAAGUUCUCUGCAUUCCUUGACACAUUUUUUAAGGCAUCCUUUCAAAUAGUUUCCACACAGAAAUUCCUCAUUCCCAUUGUAAGAGAUUGUGAUGCUAUAUGGCUUACAUUUAUUAUAAGCUGCUUCAAAGAAAAAACCUGAUGUUUGAGUUAUGAGUGAAUUAUGUGAAGUUUUUGAGUUAGAUUAUAUCACUUGGUUUUCAGGGUCCUUAAAUUAUAUCUUAAUAUGAUUUUCCUUUCUAUAAUUUUUUAUUACUUGUUUUCCAGUACACUUGAACACUUAUAACAGCCAAAUACGAGACACAAAAAUGUUACAAUGAGUUUGAAAGCAGCAACAAUUAAUGAUGGAUUAUAUUCACAUUCCACAAAUGAGACCAAAUUUUCUUUCCUGUUACACAGAUGUGCUGAGCACUUUGCAAAUUGCCCCUUUUAGCCAGAAACAGCCUGUUACAUCCUGGAAUGAAGCACACUCAAGGCAUUUGAGACAAUUAAUUAAUGAGAAUUUCCUUGGCAGAUCUGACAAAUGUUUGCAACAUUUUUUAAAAAGUUAAACCAUAUUGCUCUUAUGAAUAAAUGAAAAUAUAAAGGUCGUAGAUGCAAACAAAUGUUACAUAUACACAUUCUGUCUAGCCAGAUGGAAAGAAAAUGCAACAGCAUUCAUUAACCAAAAUAUCAAGUAAAAUUAGUUCCCAAUUGGGUACCAGCUUUCAAAGGAGUAUCCAAUAAUUGCUUCUAGUGUGGCUGCAAGAACUUUAACUGGACCCAAAUAGACAAUAAAGGAAUAUGUAGAACUAAGGGAACACUUUUUCUGUUUCCUGCACACCGUCCUGGCAUAUCCUCUCUACAUGUCCUCUCUUGGUUUGACAGACAGUGUUGGCACCCUGGGUCUCAGCAAGGCCACGCAAUAUCCUCAGCAGCUGUUUUUGCUAUGUUGUUGUUGUGCCCACAACAACAAGAAAUCAUUCCUUAGAAACUUACCAUGUUUUAUCAGUACUGUAAGUUUACAUCAUUGUUAUUACCAGGUCUCAUCUUUUGUCAAUGUCAUUGACCCAGAUUUUAAGGCUAGUACCAGACCCUGCAAAAAUCUGUGCUAAACAGGCUGUAGUAUACACAGUUAUCAAGAAUUUCACUUUUGUCCAAACCCACAGAAAUUUUGAGUGCUAUUUUUGAUGCUUAUAGAAAGCACAGAAAGGCUUUCGUGUUUUGUUUCUACAAGCUUCUUUGGAUUUUAGAGUAAAUGGAAAUGUCUGUCUAUCAUCUGUCUGUCUGAGCUAUCAUAAAAAUUUUUCUUCCUAACAUUACAAUACUGAUUCUCCCCAACUUAUCUACCUCUAUUGUCUAACACCUAUACUAGGUGUGAUUAUGGGAUAAAAUUCAACUGAAAAUGCUAUGAUAACAUUUGAUCUUUUGCUUUAAAAAAUGUUUUGUUUUCAAAUAAUCUUUACAUAGUGAACUUUGGUGGCUUUAGUGAUAUGUUUGUGCCUGUUUCUUUUUUUACACAAAUGCUGUGGCAUAUUUUUUCAUAAAAAACAAAAAAUAAAAUCAAAAUUUAUUUUUAAUUCAUGCUUAUUGGGAUUUAAUUAUUCAGAGCUUAAAAUAUUUUGUUAUGUUUAUACACUGUCAAGCUGUCUCUUUUAUGCAUUUGUUUUGUCUAAGUGUAUUUAUGAAAGAAAUACAUUAGAUUAUAUUUAUGUUUACUCACUUUUACACCUGGCUUUUUUUUUUUAAAUGGUUGUCAUGAAAUUGAAUCUUUUAAUGGAUAAUAAUGUUGAUCUUUUCAUGUGGUUUUUUUUUCUAGGUUUGAAAAUUUUUUGUGGGUUUUUAAAAAAAUUUCUUCCCUAUUCUGUUUAAAACUAACACACCUCUGGCUAAUGUUCAGUGUUUGUUUAUGCUAAAUACCAAAUUUUUUUCAAAAGGUUUGGUUAAGUAAUAAAGUGGAUUAUUUAUGAUGAAUGGAAAAUGAAAAUUCUAUAAUUAAACAAAGAGAUGUUUCAGAAA